CGUCUCUGUAUUUCUGACUUUAUUCUUCCUUGUGUUUUCUCAAGGAUGAAUGCUAAUACCCUCCUUAGCCAUGAACAUGGUCUGGUCUUGCGAGAAUUGAGUGAAAAUUGCAGCUUCAGUUGUGAUUUCUGCAGUUUUCCUGUAAAUGGUCCAACUCCGGCCUACCAUUGCCUAGAGUGCGAAUUGGUCCUCCAUGAACUCUGUGCCAAAUUGCCUCCCCAGAUUCAACAUCCCUCUCAUCCAGAACACUCGCUUAUAUUCACUGGCAUACACUGCUGCUUUUCCCAUGACCGCCGCUGUUGCGGGUGUGAUCGCCCUCUAUUUGCUGGUGGAACUUAUGAAUGUCAUGGCUGUAAUCUAGCGUGGCAUGUGGGAUGUGUAGCUGCAACUCUCCCUCCUCCCCAGGACGAGCCCAAACACAAGGAGGAGAAAAUUCAUCACUUUGCUCAUGAGCAUCCUCUCACAACCAUCCACGUGAAUGUACCGACUGAGAUCAAUUGCAAAGCAUGUCAAGAGAAGAUGUCAGGUCUCGCUUAUGGUUGCCGUGGCUGCGUAUUCAUGCUGCAUGAAUCAUGUGCUCUGCUACCUCGAGAGAUACAACACCCUUUCCAUCCUCAGCACCAGCUCACCUUGCUUUCUGAUUUCGAGACUACCUUUAGAUGCAAAGUCUGCGAGAGGUAUUGUCAGUUUGCAUACAACUGUAAUGAAUGUGAUUUCAAUCUCGAUGUGAAAUGUGCUGUUUCCAUUACGGAUCCUUCUCAGGAUGAUCAGUAUAGUAUCGACAAUAGGCGAGAGAUCCAUCACUUUUCCCACCCUCACCAACUGACAUGUUUACAUGCAAAAACCAAGGUUGGUAUCACAUGCAAAGUUUGCCAGGAGGAGAUAUCUGGCGAUUCCUGCGAAUUUUAUUGUUGCCCUGAUUGCCUUUUCAUGCUCCACGUAUUGUGUGCCAAGUUGCCACAAGAGAUAGCGCACCCUCUUCAUCCGGAUCAUCCUCUCAUUUGCCAGGCAAAUUUUCAAGAGUGCUCUCUCUGCUCUUGUAAUUACGGCUUCGGAUUCAAGUGUGAAGAGUGUCGCUUUGGCCUCCAUGUGGUAUGUGCACUCCAAUCUCUCUCUGCUUUGAAAGAGGAAGUAUAUAUUAAUAUUCAGCAUAUCCAUGAACACCCCAUGAGACUUCAGUGUAAUAAAAUCGACCAAAAAUUGUGCAACGUCUGUGAGGAGCCUCUUCAUGGCCUAGCUUAUGUCUGUCAAGGAGGUUGCCACAUUGUGAUCCAUAAAGCAUGUGCCGAACUACCACGGGAUUCAGAACACCCUUUUCACCCACAACAUCCAGUUGUUCUUCUUUCCGAGCCAUUCAAUAGAUCUGGUCCUUGCAUUGCCUGUCUCAAAAGAUGUUACGGAUUCACUUUUUACUGCGGUCACUGCGAGAUCCAGUUCCAUGUGUAUUGUGCUAUGAGGAGACCUACUCUAAAACAUCAGCGCCAUGAGCACAGCGUAACCUAUUUUAAUCAGAUGGGCCGCGUGCAAUGCAGUUUGUGCUAUGAUGAUUGCAGCAUUGACCUCUACCGCUGCGUUCCAUGCAACUAUAAUCUUCACCAUGGUUGCAUGCCUCUGCCCUCUUCUAUCAAACAUGAACUUCACAUCCAUCCGAUGGUGCUCCGUGAUAGAGUUGUUGAUGACUUUUACGAUGAGCAAUACUGUGACCUGUGUGAGACAAUUAGGCACCCGGAACAUGGUGUUUAUUAUUGCGAUGAAUGCAGGUGUGCUGCUCAUAUCGACUGUGUCGUCAUCCCCAAGGUAGAGCCCGAGCAAAGGAAACUAUUAGAAGACCUUAUGCUCGUGAAACUGGAUGAAGAAAUUGCCAGCGUAGAAGUGGAGACAGAGGCUCUGAAGAAAAAAACUGAAAUGUCAAUGAAAAAUCUGGAGGAGCUCAAGAAAAAGAGACAAGAGAUCAUGAGCUCUCGGAUGCAAGAGGAAGCAAAGUUGAAGUGGGCAUGAAAAUGCAUUUCUUUCAAAACCCUAAUAGUGUGAUCUGCACUCUCAUGAGUGUCAAUGCACUUCCUUUGUGAUAUAUAUCGACAGUGGCAAUGAUCCGACUCUGACUGCAGUGGUAGACUCAGUUUCAGUCAGAGCCCCUAAACAAAAUUUGAGUCAUGCAUGGACUGCCUGUGAUACAGAUGCAUGACGAAUACACGUCAAGUAGAAGUUGUUAUACUAGGGUUCGCCCAUCACAUUACAUUCAACAGGAUCUGUUAAUUAUUAACGUAUCAAGUCCAACGAGCGUUUUCUUGCAUAGAAAUACAGAUGAUUAUGGAUGAUUUCUAA